AUGAGUAAUACCGACUUCCUGGGGCGGGCGAUUGACACCGUCAAGAAGGCGAUCGAGAACGACAAUGAGGGCGAGUACGAGAAGGCUUAUCAGAUGUACUACUCCGCAUUGGAGUUGUUCAUGCUGGCCCUGAAAUGGGAGAAGAACCCUCGAUCGAAAGAGAUGAUCCGCGCAAAGACCGGCGAGUAUAUGGACCGCGCGGAAAAGCUCAAGAACCACCUGGCCUCGGCGGAUAAUCGACAAAAACCAAGCGCCCUGGGCGCGAACGGCAAGUUGGCGCAGGGCAGUGGGAAAGGAGGGAAAGAGGACGACGACAACAAUGGCGAAGAUGCGGACUCGAAGAAACUCCGGUCAGCGCUACAGGGAGCCAUCUUGUCGGACAAGCCAAACGUUCAAUGGGAAGAUGUUGCAGGCUUAGAGAGCGCGAAGGAGGCAUUGAAGGAGGCCGUCAUUCUCCCCAUCAAGUUCCCGCAUCUUUUUACCGGCAAGCGGCAACCUUGGAAGGGGAUUUUGCUCUACGGGCCCCCGGGUACAGGAAAGUCUUAUCUUGCCAAGGCCGUGGCUACAGAAGCGAACAGCACAUUCUUCAGCGUCAGCAGCAGUGACCUGGUGUCCAAGUGGAUGGGUGAGAGUGAAAGACUCGUUAAGCAGCUCUUCAAUAUGGCUCGUGAAAACAAGCCAGCAAUCAUCUUCAUUGACGAGGUUGACGCGCUAUGCGGGCCUCGUGGCGAGGGCGAAUCCGAGGCAUCACGGCGAAUCAAAACCGAAUUGCUUGUUCAGAUGGAUGGUGUAGGUAAAGACUCAAAAGGUGUCUUAAUUCUGGGAGCAACCAAUAUUCCUUGGCAACUCGAUGCUGCCAUUCGGCGACGGUUCCAGCGAAGAGUUCACAUCAGUCUACCCGACCCCAACGCACGCAUGAAGAUGUUCAUGCUGGCCGUUGGCUCAACACCAUGCCAGAUGACCCAAGCGGACUACCGCACCCUGGCCGAUAUGAGCGAGGGCUACUCUGGUAGCGAUAUCAGCAUCGCCGUUCAAGAUGCAUUGAUGCAGCCAAUCCGCAAGAUCCAAACAGCAACACACUAUAAGAAGUUGGUGGUUGAUGGUGCAGAGAAACUCACCCCGUGUUCACCAGGGGAUGCCGGUGCAAUGGAGAUGACCUGGCUCAGCGUCGAAGCAGAACAGCUCCUCGAGCCGCCGCUCGUCCUCAAGGACUUCAUCAAGGCCGUUCGGAACUCCAGGCCUACGGUCAGUCAGGAAGACCUCAAGAGGAAUUCCGAGUGGACCGCCGAGUUUGGCAGCGAAGGAGCAUGA